AUGCCGUCUCUGAAGAUGCACUGCAAAGACUGUGCCCUGGUGACAAGCUCGGGACACCUUCUAGGGAGCCGCCAGGGAGAGCGCAUCGACCAGACGGAAUGCGUGAUCCGCAUGAACGACGCGCCCACCCGCGGCUACGGCCCCGAUGUGGGCAACAGGACCAGCCUGCGCGUCAUCGCCCAUUCCAGCAUCCAGAGGAUUCUGCACAAGCGCCAGGAGCUCCUGAACAUGAGCCAGGGCACGGUGUUCAUCUUCUGGGGGCCCAGCAGCUACAUGCGCAGGGAUGGCAAAGGGCUGGUCUACAACAACCUCCAGCUCAUGAACCAGGUCCUCCCUCGCCUCAAAGUCUUCAUGGUCACGAGGCACAAGAUGCUCCACUUCGAUGACCUCUUCAAACAGGAAACUGGCAAAGACAGGAGGAUCUCCAACACUUGGCUCAGCACCGGCUGGUUCACCAUGACGAUCGCGUUAGAGCUCUGCGACCGAAUAAAUGUCUACGGCAUGGUGCCCCCCGACUUCUGCAGGGACCCCAAUCACCCGUCGGUACCUUAUCACUAUUACGAACCUUCGGGGCCUGACGAAUGCACGAUGUACAUCUCCCACGAGCGGGGCCGGAAGGGGAGCCAUCACCGGUUCAUCACGGAGAAGCGGGUCUUUGAGAGCUGGGCCCGGGCAUUCAACAUCCACUUCUUUCAACCGGACUGGAAGCCAGAAUCACUUGCUACCAACCGCCCAGAGACCAAACCCGGGUUCUGA